AUGGAUAGAGGAAUAGAUCGUGGGUUAUUUCGUAAUGAUGGAUCUUCUAUGGGAAGGUUCAAAAACCUUCAAGAGGAGGAGAAGGGUGAACUGUCUGGGAAAUCUAGGUCAAGCUCGGUGUUUAUUACUCCCGAUCGAAAGACUGUCACUAGUAAACCAACUGUAGAUAAUAAGGCUAGUGGCUCUAAGAUAACAAGUGGAAAGCUUGCAUUCAGCUUGAAGCAAAAGUCAAAACUUGCUGCUCCCACUGUCAAGUUUGGUGAAGAUGAGGAUGAAGAUGAAGGGGAUGCUCGAAAAGUAGCAGAUGAUGGGCCGACAAAGCGGCCAAAAUUGGCACAGUUCAAUAAUGAAUCCGAUCAAUCAUCCAGACCCGUUGAUGUUGCACCACCUUCCCCAAGUGAUCCUACUGUGAAGAAUGUCGCAGACAAAUUAGCAAGCUUUGUUGCCAAGAAUGGGAGGCAGUUUGAGCAUGUAACACGGCAGAAAAACCCUGGAGAUACACCCUUCAAGUUUUUAUUUGAUGAAAGUUGCUCGGAUUACAAGUAUUAUGAAUAUCGACUUGGUGAAGAGCAGAAGGCUUUGGCCCAUACUACGGAUUCCCAGACGUCACGAAGUGGCGCUACAUCCACUAAGACUGUGGCUGACUCUCAGAGGUCACAACAUCAACACUUGAAGUAUCAAACUCCUGCCUCCGCUUUAUAUGACACCACAGAGAACUUAUCAUCUUCAGAGGCAUCAUCACAAACAGCAACUGGAAAAUAUGGUGAGCAAAGUGGUCCUCCCGGUUCAGACCCUAUAGCCAUGAUGGAAUACUAUAUGAAGAAGGCCGCACAGGAAGAGAAACGGAGGCCUCCAAAACACUCAAAGGAUGAGAUGCCCCCACCUGCUUCACUUCAUGCUCAUUCGAAGAAAGGGCACCACAUGGGCGAUUAUAUUCCUCCCGAAGAACUAGAAAAGUUUUUGGCCACCUGUAACGAUGUAUCUGCACAUAAGUUUGCAAAGGAAGCUGCCGAGAAAACAAAAAUCCAGGCUGAUAAUGUUGGCCACAAACUUCUAUCUAAAAUGGGUUGGAAAGAAGGGGAGGGCCUGGGGAGCUCGGGAAGUGGGAUUUCGGCUCCCAUUAUGGCAGGCGACGUGAAAAAGGAUCACUUGGGGGUGGGUGCGCAUGCACCAGGCGAGGUUACUCCCGAUGAUGACAUUUACGAGCAGUACAAAAAACGAAUGAUGCUCGGUUAUCGUCACCGGCCGAAUCCUUUGUUUGCAGUGCACUUUUCGGGCAGCUGCAUAGCCAUGGCUCGAUCAACCCCAGAAAUCGGGGGCCCAUUAACAAGCACACAAAGACAAGGUUGCCCAAGAGCCUUGACCGAGUCACAGCAAGACUCGGUUGGAGGACUCGGGCUGAAAGGAGACACAGCUGCCCGGCAAGGUAUGAGCUGGACGAGUGCCGAAAAAAACGUGCUCCCGCAUGGAUGA